CGUGCGUGCAUCGGCCGCGCCCGUAGCGGCGGGGCGACAGCGGCAGUAAUAGUGUCGCGCGGGGCCGCGCUUAGCCGCUCACCGCUUAUCUGAACCCGCUCCACAUCGACUAUGCGACUCGCGGGUCACUCUCCUACCUGUUGUAGUGCUUUAUGAUGGUACGGCAUGAAAGUGCAAGAUAUGCGGACGUUCCGUGAACAUCACCCUACCAGUAUCACCACCGCCACAAGUGGGCGGAGAGACGGGACGCUUCCUCGGCUGCUCAGAUAGUUCGUAGUGAGUGGCUGGUGCGUCGAGUGAGUGGUAGGGUGUGGUGAUGGAGUUGGUAAUACUGAAGGCUAGAGCCCAGCUGAAUCGUCUCGUGUCGAGUGAGCGGCGAGGCGUCAGGGGGGAAAGGGAGAGGGGGGGCGAGGGGGCAGCCGGCGCGCGGUCGUCGGCGCGCGAGCGCGGCAUGGCGCCCGCCCGACCAGCGCCGGCGACCGCCGCGCCCUGGCUGAACGCCACGCUGGCAUACAACCUAACCCGUAUCAACACCACCUUUGAUACCGAUUACGAACUACUCAACGCCAGCACCACCGAUGAACACGACAACCACUGGUUCUGCGCUAAGUGGACCAGCGCACAGCAAGACCUCUUUCAGGCUGCAAAUCUCUGCUUCGCGAUCGCGUUUCUGGCACCGAAGAGUUUCAAGCAGAGCAUCUUGGUGCUACGCGCGCUAGCAGCUGCGGGUGCAGUUUUGAUGGGCAUGUGGGCCGGCGCAGAGGUUUGCGCACCAGACGUCCUAGCCUGGAGUUUGGCACUGGUUCUAGUCAACUCUAUACAUACCAUCUUCUUAAUAAUAAGGUUUCUUCCACCGGCGUUGUCAUUAGAGCUGACAGAUUUAUACCUGAAACUAUUCAAGCCUCUGAAAGUGAAUAAGAAGCACUUUCAGGAGUUGACUCGUGAAGCCCGUGUCAUCAGGCUUGAGCCGGGCGAGGCGUACGCUGUCGAAGAAGUCACGCCUGCGGACGAAAGACUGUCGAUAUUAUUAAAGGGAAAAAUGCGAGUGAGUUGCGAUGAGACCCACCUUCAUUAUAUACAGCCCUACCAGUUCGUAGACUCGCCCGAGUGGGAAGCGAACCGUGAACAGUCUGACGACGUCUUUCAGGUGACAGUGAUAGCUGAGGAGGUAUGCACGUGCGUGUGUUGGCCGCGCAUGCGCCUGGAGCGAGUGCUGCGUCACCGCCCUGCACUCAAGGUCGUUCUCGACUGUCUCAUAGGUAAAGAUAUAACGCACAAGCUAUAUUCCGUGAGCGAGGGUCUCGGUGCAGGAGCGACAGGUGAAGGAGAAGGCCCGCCUGCACACCUCAAGCGCUCCGCUAGUGUCGAUGCUGUUCAUGAAGGGGCCCGCGGAAGACUAAGGAGCUUGGCUUGGAGAGCCAGAUCCACUUCUAAGAAAGGAAGCUCAUACUGGCAGCCUGUAGUCGCUCGCCAGUUCCUAAGACAGUCCCCGUUCGGUCGCAGCGUGGUACCUCCGCGGCUGCUGGCGCAGGCGUCAUCCGCCAGUCUGCAGGCUCCCGCGCGUCGUAGUCCUCCGCGCCGGACGGCCUCUUUCCGCCGCAGCCGGGAAGUCAAGUUCGCGGAGGUGCCGACAGACGAGCCGGCCGUGUGACGCGGGCCGCGGCCCCAGCCUGAGCUGGUGCCGCUGGUCGCGCCCGCCUGUCUCUCACCCCCACGCCUCUCGCCCCCCUGUGAUGCCCCCAUACUAUAUCCGGCCCCCUGACCGCACGCCCCAGACGAACUAAUACCCUACACCACGGACUUCUAGUGGCAAAUGGACUCGUGCUUUUCAUACUCAUCGAGGAAGUCAAGUAAAGAUAGUGCUAUAUAUUUUAUAGAAAAAUGAGCUUCCCAUACGUGUUAAAACAAUGUUACGUUUGCUCGAAACGUCGUAAGUAAAACAUUUAGUGAACACGGUGUGUGAAGUGUUUACCGUAGAUUAUAGUGAACGGUGAGGUGACUACGUUAUAAUAUAGAUAGUAAUUAUUGUGUGGAUUGUAGUUUAUGUAUCUCGUUAGUGUUAAUGUGUUUUUAUUAUUAUUAUUUGCCUUCGAAUCACUUAAAGUCGUCUAUGAUUUUGAAUUGUUUAGCAGUGGGGCUAUAGAAGAUGACCGAGCUACAUUGGUUUCUUAAUAUCCUCGAUUUAUAUAUAUACAUAAUAUAUGUACGUACAGAUUGAACACUCAAAAAAAAUUUAUUGUCGUAUGAGUAUAAAACUUAAAAUUUUAUAAAAGUUGAACCUAAAAUAUAUAAUUUAAAUAAUAUACUGUAUCAAAGCCUAAAAUUUAUUUUUAAUGUACUGUUGAAAAUAUUUUUAAAGUAGAUAUAUAAAUAUAGCUGUAUAAAUAAAUGAUUAUAACUUCGUGGGACUGAAAUAAAAUUUAUUAUUUACGAUUCUAAAAUGAAAGAAAACUGAUAGGUUUUGGGGUAUUACAAUUAAAUACAUUCAUAGGUUACAAAAAACCAUAAACAUUGACACAAUUGUUGCGUAUAGAAAAAAAAAAGUUGUAAAGACAAACCUAUGUAUAAGCAACUAUGAACUAUGAAGAGAGAGAUUUAAAUGUUAUAAAUAAAUUGAACAUGUUUAGGUAUUGGUAUUUUUUUAGAUUGUUAGUCCAAAGAACACUUCUAAAAUGUUGUUGUUUAAUAAUAAUGAAUUUAAACCUGUUAUAAAUUAAUUUUAUGUUAAUUAAGUCUAGACAAUGUGUGAAAUGGUUGAAGACCUUAUAAUAGGCCGACUGUAACACGUAUUCGUAGAAAAAAAUAUAUAAAUGACUAUUCUAUUAUUUUAAAUACAAUAUAGAAGAUAUAUUUAAUCGCCUCACUUCUAGUCCCAGUACACUUAAUAUUUUUUGUUGUUAUAUAAUUUUUACUUUAGCCAUGGCCGUGGAAAAGUUAUCUUUGAUAAAAUAAAUAAAUAAAUAAAUAAAAAGACCAUCAACAAAGUUAUUAACGAAAUUAAAUUGUGCAUCCGAAUUAAAUGAGACAUCUGAAAGUAAAAAAACCGUGAGAGCUUUUUUUGUAUAAUCACAAAGACAUUUACAGAUUUAGGUAGAUUCAAGUCAUUAUUUCAUUAAGUCUAGCGAGGUGUCAUGAAGUGUCCUUAGGAUUAAUAAAAUAAAGUCUUGCAUACUAAAUGAAAAUAGAGAUUAUAAUCUAUAAAUUCUCUUACAUAGUAAACCUGCAAGUAUUAUAUGGAAGGAGGUGAAAUGUCAUUUAAAUAUUUUUAAACUUGAUAAUUGUAUAUUUUAAUGAUUUAAUUUUAGUCGAGCGUAAACAUUUAAUAAAAUAACAUAUUUCCUGGACAAUAACAAAUCCCAGUAUAUUUUAUUCCCAAAAUUAAAGUCAAUUAAUUACACAGUAUAAUAUAAUCAGUAUUUUUAUCAAAAUAGGUCUUUUGCUGUCAUUAAGAUUGGCAAUUUACUUUGCGGAUCAAUUUUGAUCCCGAGAGUCUAAUUGCCGGUCAUUAUAGAAAAAACAAUAGGUAAAUCGUAUCCAUGAUAAUCAGUCGUAGAAAAUAUAUUUACAUAAUUUGUUGUUCAUUUUGUUAAAGACAUUUUGACAGCCAUGCUAAUUGUAGAAACAUCUGAAUUGUUUGUAUUAAAAUUGUUCAUAAACAGGUAAAAAUGUAACGCUACUUACUGAUUUGUUGUUUAUUUUAUGCAAAAUUAUUGUCAACAAACAUGCCUUAUAUUCUUACCAAAGGGAAUGUAACAAUUUAAAAAACCACCAUCCCAUUCCGCCUCAUUGCGUAAUAUUUUUUUUUAUAAUUAAACAGAACAUAAGUUUAAAAUUAUCUUCCAGGUAUUCGACUAAAUAGUUUUAAUAUAACUGUAUGCUUCUCAAUGUUUCGUCGUUAUUGGUUACAACGAAUGUAGUCGAUGUAUAAAAUUGAAAUUCAGUAAACGUAAAUUUAGGUAAUAUAACAAUAAAUCAGACUGAACUGUUUUAUAGAAUUAUCUAAAUUAACACAACAGUCAUUAUCCACGUAAAAUUUUAAUAGACGUUUAAUGUUUAAUAUUUUUCUGGAUGUUAUAUUAGAUAGAAAUAGAUAAGAACUCGUAAUCUGAUGUGUAUAAUAAAAUUGAAAAAAAAAAAACGUGUCUUUAUAAAUUUAUGUAAAACUUAUUAGGUAAGAAAAUGAGUUGAAGACCAAAAUUCAUAGAACACGGAAACUAAUGACACCGACCUGGUAUCGCGAUAUUCACUUUGCAACUUUUAAACUAACAGAAAUGCACGUCUCUAGUUAUGUAUCAUUAAAUACAUUGACAACAGUUGUGUAUUGACUCACUUUAAACAUUGUAAUGUAUCACUGAACUUGUUUCACGUUAGAUCUUUGUAGAUGUCAUUUUUCGAACGUCAUCUGUAUCGAUGUUGUUGUUGUUGCUUGUGGCUGUACAAUGUCCGAAUAGUUGAGCAAUUAGUGCUCAUGAUUACUGUAUAUAGUCCUCGUCGAACGUUCGCUUCGACGUUCAUUACAUAUAAAAGCCAUCUUGAAAUCAGGAUGCACUGUUUCAAAUUAUCUCACGCUUUAAAAUCCUAUAAUAUUUAAAAUUACACAAAGUGUUUACGGUAAUGUCCUGAUUUCGUGAUGUCUCUGCAAAUACAUAUCGUUCUAUGUCUUCUCUUGUGUCGUUAGUUACUCGUCUAAUAUAGCAAAGAGCUGUUUACAAAUAACAUAUAACAAAGAGCUGUAUGUAUUACAUCAGCACAGAUAAUAACAUUGGAGGAUUCUUAUCAGUUCUGCCAAUGUCAUAACAUGACACAAAGUUCGGUAUCGUAAUAGUAACACACGGUUCCACGUAAAUGAUGUUGUUGGCUUCUAAAUUAUAUAAGGCUGCAUUCACACUAUUAUGAAUGUUAUCUCCAUUUUUAAUACUACAAGUGUGUAGGCCUUGCUUUUAUGUUGUAAUAAAAUGUUAUUGGAAAAGGCUAGUGAAAUUUUGAUAACUUAAAACACCUAGAAAUGAAAAUAAAACUUAGAUAUAAAUGGGACAAUUUAUUUCUCAUAAUCUUAAUGUUGCGAACUUAAACGUACACAAUCUUUAUAAUGUAUAACGCUUUUUAAUUAUUAUUUUUUAUUAUCAUAACUCCAUGCACGAUGAUCAUGACGACUUCAGACGUUUUCAUCAUCAUAGAAACUUGUUAAUGUUGUGAAAUGUACAAUCGAUUCUACACGAUUUUUUCAGUCCAAUGAAAUACAAGACCUAUUUCAUACGAUUAUUAUAAAAAUCUUAUAUAUAUUCACUUUAUAUAUUUCUUAUCUUCGUAAUAAGGUCUUCCACUGUUGUCUAUUAAUCAGUCUUCUAUAACUAAUUCAAAUGCGUUGUGAAUUCAUUAUCUUCCAAGCAACAUGUGUUUAAUUAUACAAUGUUUCCAUUUUAAAUUAUUUCAUAUAAUUUAAAUUAAAUUUAUGUGUAGAUUUAAUUUGAUUACAAGAGAUGUUUCUUUUAAAUUAUAAACAUAAAUAUGAACCGACAUAGUGUAACUUGUUUAGUACGAUGUAAUAAAAGCAUUAUUCUUUUUUUAAAAAUUCCAAAUAAUUUAAUUUUCAAAGUGUUAUGGAAAUGUAAAUUUUGUGUAUUCAUCGUCAUAGUUAGCUAUGUGUUAUAACAUAGGCCAUUAAGGUAUCAUGUAUACAUAAUUUGAUAGACUCCUUAGCGAAGUAAAAGAAAUGUUUUAGAUGCGUUACAAUUUUAUUUCGUAUAUUCAACAAUUAUGUUUUGUAGUCUUCGAUAUAAUUUAGCAGUCGUGCUAUCCGUCAGUUAGAACUGGUUGUUAACACAGCUUGUACGCUGUUAAAAUAUAACGAUUUAUAACUAGCAGAUAUUGGCAGAGCGCCUCUGUGAUACACUUUAGCUAUUUAGUAUAGAAGUCGUCGGAUUACAUAUUGUGUACUCGCGAUCAGUAAGCUUCAUACGAGUAGCUUUGUCAACCGAAGAACCAACAGUUUGAAGGUUUCAAAUCAAUGUAAUGAAAACUGUACAAUUAUUGGUUUUUGGGUUGAUGAAACGAACUUGAUAUAAGUUGUACUGGUGUUCUGAUUAUGGGUUGCCCAGCGUCUCGUGCAUUACAUUACCGUUAUUGAUUAUAAAUUAUUGUAUUUAUUCACUUUAUUAACAUGUUUAUUAUAUCUUUAAUAAAAACAAUUGCUUAUUA